AGAUGGCUGCGCCCGUGGUGAACGCUGCGCGAGGGUGGUCGGGCCUGGCGCUGGGCUUGCGGGGCGCUGUUCGGCGGCUUCCAGGGCUGACCCAGGUGAGGUGGAGCCGCUAUGGGCCUGAAUACAAGGACCCCCAGGUCGACAAGGAGUAUUAUCGCAAGCCGCUGGCUGAGCUGAACGAGGAAGACAAGUAUGAGCGGGAGCUCAAGAAGACACAGCUUUUCAAAGCUGCCCCGGCCACCAACACCAUCUCCGUGUUUGAAGACCCAGUGAUCAGUAAAUUUACCAACAUGAUGAUGAAGAGCGGAAGGAAAACAUUGGCCAAAUAUCUCAUGGCACAGACUCUGGAAACUGUGAAGAGGAAACAGUUUGAAAAGUACCACGCAGCCUCUGCCGAGACUCAGGCCAGCAUUGAGCGAAACCCCUACACCAUCUUUCAUCAGGCGCUGAAGAACUGUGAGCCUGUGAUCGGGCUGGUGCCCAUCCUCAAGGGUGGCCACUUCUACCAGGUUCCAGUGCCACUGGGGGACCGGCGGCGGCGCUUUAUUGCCAUGAAGUGGAUGAUCACCGAGUGCCGGAAUAAGAAGCAUCGGCGGACACUGAUGCCCGAGAAGCUGGCACACGAGCUGAUUGAAGCUUUCCACAACCAGGGCCCCGUGGUCAAGAGGAAACAUGAUAUGCAUAAGAUGGCAGAGGCCAACCGGGCACUUGCCCACUAUCGCUGGUGGUAGAGGCAGACACCGGAGCAGGGGUCAAGGGAGCGGCGCAUCCUGCACGAUGGUUGAAAAAGAGACCAAAUAGGAGAGGAUACUGUGACCCUUUAAGGGCAGGCGCUUGGCUCUGGCAGGUUUCUUGCUGCUUUGACCCUUUGGGGGUUGGAUCUGUCCCUGCCCACCCCUCUUGGUCCUGCAAAGUAAACAUUGCAACUUUA